CAGGACGCGAUAAACCUCACACCACUGCACACAGCCCGGCUAGCUGAUUAAACAUUACCACAUCAUUGGGUCGCAGUGGAGUACUUCAUUGACGGAUGAUAAUAUCCCACCUGCAACCGGGCGAAUGAGAUGCAGGCCAACACGCGCCUGCCUCCGUACGAAUGCGGGGAAAGCUCCAGCGGCGAGAGCGUUAAAGCCGUAUGCUUGUGACGGUUCGCGCAACCUCAGCUUACACCCCUUUCUUUGACAGACACUGCUUGUAUCAUGGCGUCUGGCUGGUUCAACUCAUCGUCGAGCGACCCAACGCGUCCUCCGGACGUUCGCGUUCAAGUUGGCGAACAAAAACCUCACGACUUCUACCUGCAGCCUGGCUCGGGGAGCAGUUCAAGAUCCGCCACCAACCGCUCAGCAGCCUCAGUGCCUGCGGCUUAUGUGGAUACGACUCAUUCCAAGGUCCAUGUUCACAAUGCUUCACUUUUCGAUGUAGGCAUCCUGAAAGACACACUUAUCCCUUCACUCACCCUGCAUUCUGGCUUGGCUAUCAUUGCGUACGGAGCUGCACGAUACACAAACCGCGUUGAAGCCAAGGACUGGCUCUGGCCCAGUGGUCAGGUUGUGAACGCCUGGUGGUCUGCCGUUGGACGCCGUCUCGCUCAAGGCUACACCGUUUCGCAGGCAUUCAGUCGUCUGUCAUGGCACGAGCGUGUUAUUUUGACGGGUGUUACACUAUGGGGAGGACGUCUCUUCUACCGCAUCGUCAACCGUUCGAUUCAACGAGGUGAUGACGACCCACGAUAUGCCGAAGUCAAGAAGGAGGAGGGCUUCUGGAACAGCGCUUUAUUCAAAGUCUUCAUACCCGAGGCUUUCUUUCAGAUGCUCAUCAGCCUCCCAUUCACCGCGCCGUUCCGACACGAGGGUGCCGUCAUGACAGGCUACCAUCCCUUUGUCCAGAUGUUUGCUGUCGGACUCUUCUCUUCAGGUUUGGCCAUGGAGACACUUGCAGACUACCAGCUGGACCAAUUCAAGGCCGAAGGCAAUAAGGGCAUCAUGCGCGAAGGAGUAUGGAGCAUCGUCCGCAACCCCAACUACCUUGGCGACGCCCUCGUACACAUCUCCUUCAUCGUCAUGCUUUACGGCUCAGACAUGCUCGCUCCUAUCGAACUCCUAGGCCCUGCCGCAAAUUACGCCUUCCUCCGCUUCUUUGGGGGCGACGCCGAAAAAGAGAAACACCAAGAGCGCCGAUACUCCGCAUCUCACCCCGAGAAGUUCCGCGAAUUGGAGAAAUUCAGAGCGGAUAAGAAUGCUUUCUGGCCGAGCGUCGAUGAGCUAAGUAACAAAUGGUUGUGGACUGUUUUAGGUGUUGGGGGCCUGGGUAUCGCCGUUGAGCAAACGCUUCGGGCGCUGCACUAGGUCUUGCCCUCUAAGGUUAAUAAUGUUUGCUCACAAAGCCACCCCAUUUAAGGGCAAAAUUGGACACCUAUCUCUGCGAAGGACUGCUGUCUAAAAAAAAGAGCUAAGAAGGCUACAUUGCCUGAACAAUCUACAAACUCAAGAUGUUAAGGCAAGGUAGAAUUCGGGGCACCUGUCCAGUUUUUCCCUUGAAUGGGGUGAAGCUGUCUAUGCAUUAGGCGCUUAGCGUUUCUGAUUAAGGUUGUACGAUAUAGUUAGCUGGUUUAGUUCGGUUUCUUUACUGAUAUUUCAACUUGGUAGUCCCUACGCACGUUAGCAUCAAUGGCCCAUCUCACAAACAUUGUGAUAUUUUGCCAACAAAUCUGUCGUUCCGUGACAAAUGCAUAAACAAGUUCGGGGUUUGCCC